AGUAGGGAGUGAGGUGAUGCCCUUGGACUAUGGGAGCAUGGACUCAGAGAGUAGUCCAUCUCCAACUAGUUUAGAGAAAACGGUGGAAGGGGUGAGAGGAGAUGAGGUGGUGGAGGUUGGGAGGAAUGAGGUGUUAGGGGUUGGGGUAGAUAGCAUACCCAUUACCGUAGUAAAAGUAGAGGGUAGAGGAGAGAGAGAUUAUGAUGUGAAUGCGGAGAUAGUGGAGGAGGUGAAGCAGUAUAGUUUUGAACUAAGGACCAAGGAUAACCUGGGUCACUUAGUGGAAAAUUACGAGAUCUCUUCUCGAGUGUUAGUUAGGCCAGCUGGGGUAGAGGAGAGAGCGUGUUCUGCUCCUCGAGACCAUUGGAUGCCCAUAUAUUCCUACUAUCUGAUAGCGGGGUUGAGGUUUCCAAUUCCUAAGUUGCUGGUAGGAUUGUUAUUAGAUUAUAAGAUAGGGUUGACACAAUUAGUCCCCAAUGCUAUGAGGGGGGGUAGUAGGAGGGAUAAGGGGUGGUAUUAUUUCACCCCUAGGGUAGCCAAUUGGGAGAGUAGGUCUUUGUUUGCUACGGGUCCUUUAUCCAUUAAAGGAUGGAAGGAAAAAUUCUUUUUUGUGGAUGAUACGGAGUGGGGGAGGGGGGAUGCCGAGGUGAGAGAGCUAGCCUCCUGGAAGGCUAAAAGGGCCAAUCAGAAUAGGUUUAGUUUGAAUGAGGAUGAGGAGGAAGAAGUGAGGAAGUUGGUGAGGAAGGGGGGGGAUUUACUAAACAUAAUGGACCUCACCAGCACACAAUGCAUAGAAGCUGCUGAGCUCUAUGGGUCAAGCGCUUUGAGUGAAGCUGAAAUGGAUCAAUUCUUAAACACUGCUGGAGGAGCGGCCAUCCCCAAGAAGCCAAGGAAGAAGUCAAAGACUACAACCAAGCAAGUGGAUGAGGGGAAGGCUAGGAAAGAGGUAGUGGCCACGGCUUCAGCUGAGACGGAGGAGGAGGUGCUACAGUUGAAGAGGAAGGGUUGGGAGGAGAGGAGGGCACUGCAGAAGAAGCAGAAGGUGGUGGAGGAGAAGAGGGGGAAUGAGGUUCCUCUGUUCAUACCUCAGCCUCCUCUUGUUGAGCUGAACCCUGAGCUCAAACAGUUGAAGGAGGGGGCUGAGGUACGAGCUCCCGGUAAGGGAAAAGGUCUUGUUCCCUCAAUGACAUCUCAGAGCAGCCUAUUCGAGGCGAAGAACAUGACGAGGGCUAGGUGGUUCAUCAACAGCACCUUCCCCGAAGUGGACAAACACAACGCGCGGGAGGAGGCUCUGAGGUACGGGGGAGCAUCUGUUGUGAAGCAUGUUUUAGAGCGCGAGCUGGAUGAAUGGUCUAGCCCAGGAGUUCAUGGAGAGCCUAAGGGAACGCUCACUCUUUUGGAGCAGGAGAGGUCUUCCCUGAGCACCAAGCUCGUCUUUGAAGAGAGCAAACGAAGGAUCUCUGAAAGCGAGUGUGAGGCUCAGGCGCAAGAACUAAAGCUGACGAAGGAGGCUUUCUUGGAGCUGAAGGAGAAUGUGCAGACCUUGGUGCAUAAUGGAAUGAAGGAGCACAUCAGCAACUUCAUCAGCUCCAGCUCGUUUGACAACAUCAAUAUCCCGAAGAUCACCUUCGGAGAGCAAGAAGAAGGGGUGGAGGAAGAUGGUGAGAGCAUGUCAACAGACUUCCGUCCUCAAAUUAAACUGAGGUGGGAGGAUGAUGCAAACGGACGUGCUGUUUUCCCUCCACAGUUCGACUUCGAGUUCGUUGCAGUGGAGGAAGAAGGGGCAGAGGUAGAGGAAGACAAGAUGGAGGCAGGAGUGGAGGGAGUUGAAGUGGAUGAGAGCCAACCAGUUCCAGAAGUGGAGAUUCAUCCAAUUCCCUCCGACGAUGAGCAACCUGCUCUGCCAGACGAGCAGCAGCCAACACAGCCACCUCCUCUAGCUGAGCAGGAGCCAGUGGAGCCACCUCUCCCAGCAGAGAAAUAAUUUUGUUUGUUUUUAAUUUUUUGUAAAGACAUUUAAACAGUUUGUAAUACUUAUAUUAUUCUGAAUAAAAAUUUAUUUUUGAAAUUAUGUGUUUAUUUGUGUUUGCCUUUUUGUUAUUGUAUAUUGAUAGAAGAACUGAGACUACUUUAAAAAAGAAAGUUAAUAAAAAGAAGUUAAUCAC